AUGGCGUUCUCCGGAGGGGGCACGUUGUAUUCGCCUUCGCAGCUGGAAAAUGAGCAUCACGGUGAUGCGCUUCCGCCCUGGAGGCGCACCGAUAGCAACAGUGUUGCACACAGCAGCAAGGGAAUUCCCCUUCAGGCGGAGCAUCCCCCCACUGCUGCGGCUGCCCCUCCAUCCUCAUCGCAGCCAGCGAGACGGCGUCGUUUCGACGUUCGUAGCCUCAUCAGCGCUGCCGCAGUGAAGGCUCCAGAAGCGAAUGCCUCCCUCACGCAGCGGGAAGGCAGCGAAGGGCAGUCUGGAGCGGCAGAGGCUGGUAGAGGCAAGGACUGGGAGUGGGAAAGAGAGAGACAGGGGGAAAGAGAGAGACAGGGGGAAAGAGAGAGGCAGGGGGAAAGAGAGAGACAGGGGGAAAGAGAAAGAGAAAGGCAAAGAGAAGGAGAGAGGCAAAGAGAAAGAGAGAGGCAAAAAGAAAGAGAGAGGCAAAGAGAAAGAGAGAGGCAAAGAGAAAGAGAGAGGCAAAGGGACAGGGAUAGAGAAAGACUGAGGGAUCGAGCCCACCAGGCAGAGCAGCAGAAGCAGAGGCAGUUGGAGCAGCAGUUGCAGCUUGAGCAGAAACUCCAGAAGGAGCGUAUGCAGCAGUUGCUGCGGCAGCAGCAGUUUCAACAGCAGAAGGAACGGCUGCAACAGCAAGCCCAAGAGCGGCAGCAGAAACAGCAAGAGCAAGAGCAGUUGCACCAGAAAAAGCAGUUGCACCAGCAGGCUCAUCUUCCCAAGUGCGGGUGGCACAACGCAGGGGCAGAUGCGUCUACCCCUGCAUUGCAAAAGCAGCAGCAGCAGCAACACCAAAAGGAGCACCAACAGCAACAACACCUGCCUGAAGGCAAUCGAAAAGAGAGAGGAAAUGCAGCCGUUUCGCGUGAAGAAGGCGCUGCUGCAGCGGCAGCCUCUGGAGACGGCUCUAACGAGAAGCCAAGAAGAAGCCGCCGCUUGGAGACAUCGCGAAGGAGUCUGAGUCGAAGUGUGUCGUCGCCCUCUCUCUGCAGACUUCCUGAGGAUGAGAAGUUUUCUGCAGGAGAAUUUCAGUCUGCAAGAAGCCUUGGGAGUCGCAGCGCUGCAGGUAAUCCAGCCGCGUCUGGAGGAGGGAGAGGGCUCUUCUACUCGAAUCUGCCGUCUCCUUCAGUCAUGUCUGUGUCAGACGCGGGGGGAGAGGAGGAGUUGCUGGAGGAGGCUCAGCCUCUCUCGGGAGGGAGGCGGCAAGGGGAUGCCUCCGUCAUGUGGGAAGAAGCGCCUGCUGCCACUGCGGUGUAG